AUGGGCAGAGCUGAGUUCGGCAACGCAAUCUACUUCCCACUGUUCCUCCAGUGGUUUUACGACACCCUCGUCCUUAGGUUCAUCUGCCCCCGCGCCUGGGGAUGUCCCGAGGAUGUUCUUCAGGGACACUACAGCAAACACGUCAGCUCCCUUUCUGCCGUAUCUUGCCCCCGCCUGCUUGACAUUGGCGUCGGCACAGGCCACUUCAUCGAACAUGCCCCUCUCUCAUCGGACACAACAGUGAUCCUAGCCGAUAUCAACGAAAACCCCCUCGCCGAGGCUCGCGGACGCAUCAAGCGCACACACAAAGAUGUGGAUGUUGAUUUCGGUUGUCUGGUGCUGGAGGAAAUACGAGUUUUGAUGUCAUUUCCUGCAUGUUACUUCUUCAUUGUCUCCCAGGAGAAGGGCGCCGUAAAGGAGAAGCAGUCGCGCGCCUGUGCCGAUUGUUGA